UUGAACCUUUCAGCUGGCAUAGUGAGGGGGCAUCAGGAAAACAGCAGUGGACAAAGUGCGCGGCGUACGAAGAGAAAGCAUAGCGCGAGGACCGAACGGAGCGGGGCAUGUGGAUGUUUGCAUUUCUCUUUCUGCAGAGCAUCCUGAAUGUUUUUGGUGAAGAUCUACAUUCCAGCUUAUAUUUUGUCAAUGCAUCUCUGCAAGAGGUAGUGUUCUCCAGCACCACAGGGGCACUGGUGCCCUGUCCCGCUGCAGCUGUGCCCCCUGCCGUGCUGCGCUGGUACCUGGCCACGGGUGAGGAGAUCUACGAUGUGCCAGGCAUCAGGCACGUCCACCCCAACGGCACCCUGCAGAUCUACGGCUUCCUCCCCUCCAGUUUUAGUAACCUAAUCAAUGACAACACAUACUACUGCACCGCCGAGAAUCCAUCAGGGAAGAUCAGGAGCCAAGACUUGCACAUUAAGGCCGUAUUUCGGGAGCCGUACACGGUUCGUGUGGCGGACCAGAGAGUCAUGAGAGGCAAUACAGCUGUCUUCAAGUGCAUUAUCCCGGCCUCGGUGGAGGAGUAUGUCUCGGUUGUCUCGUGGGAGAAAGACACUGUCACAAUCGUCUCAGGGUUAAGAUAUAUCAUUACAACCACAGGGGCCUUGUAUAUUCAGGAUGUGCAGUCAGAGGAUGCGGUGAAUAUCUACCGCUGCACAACCCAGCAUCGCUACACAGGAGAGACCAGGCAGAGCAACAGUGCCAGGCUACUCUUAUCAGAGCCUGUGGAUUCUGCUCCAGUGAUUUUGGAUGGCUUUGAGCGGAAGGAGGUCAUGGUUGGUCAUCAGGUGGAGCUCCCGUGUAAGGCGUCAGGACACCCUCCUCCCCGUUACCGCUGGCUACGAGACAACAGCCCUUUGGAGUCGGACAGCCGCUACCACCAGAGCAUUAAGGGUCUGAGGAUCGAGGCCACACAGCUCAGUGACGGUGGCAACUACGUGUGUGAAGUGUGGAACAGCUUUGGCAAUGCCAAGGUGGUGGGGAGGCUGACAGUCAAACAACCCCUGAAAGCGGCGGUGAGCCCUCGUAAGGUGAGGGGCAGCGUGGGAAGUCAGGUUUCUCUCUUCUGCAGUGUCACUGGCUCUGAUGACUAUGAAAUCACCUGGUACAGAAACAGCCAACGCAUCCUGCCGGGCCCCAGUGUCCGCAUCACAGGCCUCAACCAGGAGAACCUGCUGAUGGAGGGCAUGGCCAAGAGUGACGGGGGUGCAUACCAGUGCUUCGCCCGCAGCGGCAAGAUGUCCACACAGGACUUUGUGCAGGUGGUUCUGGAGGAUGGCACUCCUAAGAUCCUGUCAGCCUUCAGCGAGAAAGUGGUCAGUCCCAGUGAGCCCAUCUCUCUGGUGUGCCACGUGAAAGGCACGCCCCUGCCCGCGGUCACCUGGACGCUGGACGACGAGCCCGUCAUCAAGGACAGCCACCAUCGCAUGGAGCGGCUCAUCUCAGCCGAGGGCCACGUGCUCAGCUACCUGAAUGUGUCGCACACGCAGGUGACGGAUGGGGGCGUGUACCGCUGCACCUGCAACAAUUCGGCCGGAUCGGUCACCUACCAGGCGCGAAUAAACGUAAGAGGUCCUGCCAGCAUUCGUCCAAUGAGAAACCUCACUGCCAUCGCUGGGCGGGAUACAUACAUUCACUGCCGCAUCAUUGGCUACCCCUACUACUCAAUCAAGUGGUACAAAGAUUCUAACCUGCUGCCGUUCAACCAUCGGCAGCGUGCCUUCGAGAACAAUGGCACCCUGAAACUUUCCAAUGUGCAGAACUCAGACGAGGGAGAGUACACGUGCUACGUCCUGGUGGACCCUGAGAAGCAGAUCCACAGGAGCGUCCAUGUCACUGUGAAAGUGCCUCCUCUGAUCCAACACUCUGACUCCCAGAGUGCCUCAAUUGGCCAGCGCGUCUUCAUUCCAUGUGUGGUGACCUCAGGUGACCUGCCCAUGACCAUCACCUGGCACAAAGACGGAAAGCCCAUCAACAGCAGUCUGGGCGUCACCAUCGACAACAUCGACUUCACCAGCUCCCUACGCAUCUCCAACCUGUCGGAGAUCCACAACGGAAGCUACACCUGCAUCGCCCGGAAUGAGGCUGCUGCCGUGGAGCACAGCAUCCAGCUUAUCGUCAAAGUUCCACCACACUUCGAGGUCCAGCCCCGGGACCAGGAUGGCAUCUAUGGGAAAUCUGUGAUUCUGAACUGCUCCGCUAAAGGAAACCCAAUUCCCACUAUUGUGUGGAAGCAUUCAAAAGGGGCGGGAGUUCCCCAGUUCCAGCCAAUCGCGCUAAACUCGGGCUCGCGUGUCCAGCUGCUGGAGAAAGGUUCCCUGUUGAUCAAGCACGUGCUGGAGGAAGACAGCGGAUACUACCUUUGCAAAGUCAGCAAUGACGUGGGGGCCGACAUCAGCAAGAGCAUGUACCUCACCGUCAAGAUUCCUGCCAUGAUCACUUCCUACCCCAACACCACUCGUGCAGAACAGGGUCACAUGACGGAGAUGAGCUGCACAACACAUGGAGAGAAACCCAUUAAGGUGCGCUGGGAGAAGGAAUCUCACAUCAUCAACCCUGAUAUGAACCGCUACGUGGUCACCGUCAAGGAAGUGGCCGAUGAGGUCAUUUCCACUUUACAGAUUCUGCACACCGUCAGAGAGGAUUCUGGAUUUUUUUCUUGCAUAGCUAUUAACUCCUAUGGAGAAGACAAGGGAAUCAUCCAACUUAUAGUACAAGAUCGGCCAGACCCUCCAGAGGUGGAGAUCCGCGAGGUGAAGGACCGUACCAUUGCUCUCCGCUGGACAAUGGGCUUCGAUGGCAACAGCCCAAUCACAGGAUAUGAUAUCAACUACAAGAACAAAUCAGCUGCCUGGACGUCGUCCCAAACCACCAAGGAUGUGUCUCCUCAGCUGAAUCAAGCAACCAUCAUCGAGCUCCACCCCGCCUCUGCCUACAACAUCCGCAUGUUUGCCAAGAACCAGAUCGGAGAGAGCAGGCCCAGCAACGAGCUCACCAUCACCACGGACGAGGCCCCACCUGACGGCCCUCCACAGGAUGUGUAUCUUGAAGCAAUAUCAUCCCAGAGCAUAAAAGUUACCUGGAAGGCUCCAUUCAGGCACCUUCAGAACGGUCUGAUCCGGAGCUAUCAGGUGUGCUAUCGGGAGUUUGGAACAGGGGGCAGUCCCCAGUACAACACUAUCAACCUGGACACGACCGGAGACACCGAGACAGUCACUCUGGACAACCUGAAGAAGUACACGCAGUAUGAGGUGCGCGUGCAGGCUGCCAACCGGGCAGGCGUGGGGCCAACGUCAGAGGAGGCCAUCAUCGCCACACUGGAGGACGUACCCAGCCGAGCACCAGAGAAUGUCGUAACCACAGCAACCACCCCGGAGACCAUCUCCCUGUCCUGGUCGCCUCUCCCUAAGGAGGCACUUAAUGGAAUGCUUCUGGGCUACCGCAUCAUCUACUGGGCCAACCUGCCUGAUGGAGAGCUGGGUGAGAUUAAGAACAUCACGACUACUAAACCCUCAUUAGAACUGGAGGGUUUGGAAAAAUACACCAACUACAGCAUUCAGGUGCUAGCCUACACACAAGCAGGAGACGGAGUCCACAGUGAGCAGAUCUACACCCGGACUAAAGAGGAUGUUCCCGGCCCCCCUGCGGGAGUGAAGGCAGCUGCUGCGUCCAGCUCCGUGGUCUUCGUUUCCUGGCUGCCUCCACUCAAGCUCAACGGAGUUAUCCGGAAGUACACUGUCUUCUGCUCCAACCCCUAUCCCACGGUGAUCAGUGAGUUCGAGGCAGCUCCAGACGUGUACUUCCGCCGCGUGACAAAUCUCAACCAGAACUGGCAGUACAGCAUCUGGGUGGUUGCCGUGACAGCAGCCGGCCGGGGCAAUGCUAGUGACAUCAUCACUGUAGAGCCUCAAGCCAAAGCACCAGCUCAUAUCCUUACGUUCAGUGGCACAGUGACCACACCGUGGAUCAGGGACCUCGUUCUGCCCUGCCGAGCCGUUGGAGAGCCUCCGCCUACCGUCAAGUGGCUGAAGGGAACUAACGGUGCGCCUGCUCCUGUCUCCAUCGAUGGCCGCCGUAGUGUCCACAGCAACGGCAGUUUCGUCAUCCGCACAGUGAAAGCUGAGGAUUCUGGGUAUUACAGCUGCGUUGCCAGCAACAACUGGGGCACUGAUGAAAUCACACUCAAUCUGCAGGUUCAGGUGCCUCCGGACCAACCACGACUCACAGUCACCAAAACCACCACCACUUCCAUCACGCUCUCCUGGAUCCCCGGGGACAACGGCGGCAGCUCCAUCAGAGGUUAUAUCCUGCAGUAUUCCGAGGACAACAGCGAGGAAUGGGGUAGUUUUCCCAUCAGCCCCAGUGAGCGAUCGUAUCGUCUGGAGAACCUGAAGUGUGGCACCUGGUACAAGUUUACCCUGACUGCCCAGAAUGCAGUGGGUCCGGGCCACAUCAGUGAGAUCAUCGAGGCUAAAACACAUGGUAAAGAGCCCCAGUUUGCCAAAGACCACGAGCUUUUUUCCAGCAUCAACUCCACACGUGUCGAACUCAAUCUGAUUGGCUGGAACAAUGGCGGCUGUCCAAUCAACUCCUUCACGCUGGAGUACCGGCCGGUGGACACGGCUGUGUGGACCACGGUGCAGCGCACCUCCCUCACCAAGAGCCACGUCCUGUACGACCUGCAGGAGGCCGUGUGGUACGAGCUGCAGAUGAGGGUGGGCAACAGCGCUGGCACGGCCGAGAAGAGGGUCCUGUUCGCCACUCUGAACACGGACGGCAGUACCAUCGCUCCUCUGCCGAAGAUAGUGGACCCCAGCCAGGAGAACCGGCAGGGCACGGAAAGCCUGAAGAUGGUGGUGACCAUUAUCUGUAUCCUGGUGACCAUUGCCACAGUCUUCAUAGCACUGCUGGUUGUGAGGAGGAGGAGAAGGGAGCAGAGACUCAAGAGAUUACGAGAUGCGAAGAGUCUAGCUGAAAUGCUAAUGAGUAAGAACACACGCACACCAGACGCUGGGAACAAACAGCAACAGACCCUCCGCAUGCACAUCGACAUCCCGCGAGCCCAGCUGCUCAUCGAGGAGCGAGACACUAUGGAGACCAUUGAUGACCGAUCCACAGUGCUGCUGACAGAUAAUGACUUUGGGGAGCCAUCGAAGCAGAAGUCCUCCACAGUCACACACACAGUUCACUACCAGUCUCUGUCCCAGGCCACUGGUCCACUGGUGGACGUCUCCGACGCUCGACCGGGUACAAACCCCACUGCCCGCCGUAUGACUAAAGCUGGGCCUGCUGUGCGCAGCCGCUAUGCCAGCCAGUGGACUCUGAACAGACCCCACCCCCAAAUCUCCUCCCACACGCUCACCACGGACUGGAGGGUUCCCACCCCUCGGGCCACAGGCUCUGUUGAUAAGGAGAGUGACAGCUACAGUGUCAGCCCCUCCCAGGACACAGACCGUGCCCGGAGCAGUAUGGUGUCCACAGAGAGCGCCUCAUCCACCUACGAGGAGCUGGCCCGUGCUUAUGAACACGCUAAGAUGGAGGAACAGCUACGUCAUGCCAAGUUCACCAUCACGGAGUGCUUCAUCUCAGAUACAUCGUCUGAGCAGAUGACAGCCGGCACCAAUGACUACACGGACAGUCUGACCUCCAGCACACCGUCCGAGUCGGGCAUCUGCCGCUUCACUGCCUCACCGCCCAAACCGCAGGAUGCCAGCCGCGUCACCAUCAUGGCCGUGCCCAAAGCACACAGACCCGGUGGUGAGCUGGUGCACCUGCCCCCGUAUCUGCGCAUGGACUUCCUGCUAAACCGCGGAGCAGCUUCCUCCAGUCGGGAAGCCAUGGGACAGACCUGCCUGGAGCCACAGAGGAGCCGUGCGGCCAAGCGGCCGGCCGCCCUUCCCCCGACACCCUCGGAGACGCCCUCCACUGCUCCGUCCUCCUCUGGGCCACCAAGCAGGGAGACGGCCCAGCCGUGGCAGCCUGGUGCCGCCUCCACGCUGCCCCACCGCGAGCCAGGAGACCUCCAGACGGCUAAACUCAGCAGCUCCCAGGAAUCACUGCUAGACUCCAGAGGACACCUGAAACAGAGCAACAACCCAUACGCAAAGUCCUACACACUGGUAUAACACAGGACCAUGCAGAUGGACCAGUGUGCACGUCCCUGCACACAUGUGCACACAAACACACACACACACACACACACAUGCAAGCACAUCCACACACACACACACACAUGCAAGCACAUCCACACACACACACACACACAUAAAAGAACUUCUGUAAGAGCCUGUUUCAAAGGUAUAGCUGAGCCCUGUAUAUACAUGUUUCUGAAUUCUAAAAGACUAAAUUGAUGUUUUUCUGUUUUUCUUUUCUCUUUGUCUCCCUCUGCUCCCCUCACCCCUCCACCUCCGCUUGAUUUGGGUUGAUUUUACUUUUUCAUUUACUUAUUUUAAAUCACAUCAUUAUGAAGAUUGCCAAAAUUAUUUAUUUAAAUUGACAGAGGUACUACUUUUGAAUUUAUAUCAAGGAUAAUUCUAUAGUCAUUAUUAUUAUAUAAAACAGAGGAAAAAAUAUCAAAAAAUAAUGAAAAGAAGACAGAGUGUAGAGCACUGCAUGAGCAGAUGUUCUGUUCUUUAUCCAUGACUUUUUUAAUAUUUGGGUGUGAUCAGUGAUUGAGCAGCUGUUCACCAUGACAACAUAUCCAACAAUUCCAGAGUUGCGUGUGAGGACGGUAAGGGCCUCUGGAAUGAGGUGCAUCCACUUUUUCCAGACUUGUCCAAUUGAGGAAUUUUCCACGGACUGCAUGAGGACCUAAAAAUGGUGAUUAGUGGUGAUUAAUGGUGAUUAUGGCUUUGGCUGGAAAAAUCCAAAAUAGAAUUUUUUUUCAUCACAUGAAGGAAUUAUAUAAUGUUAAUAUAACUAUAA